AUGGCGUUCAAUCGACCCGCCGGGAGAAAGCGCCGGCGCGAACCGUACAAUGUCGACGUGAAGCUUGUCGAGAUCUACGAGGAUCUCGCCAGUGAGAAGGACGAGAUUCGCUUGCGUGCGGCACAAGGUCUUGUCUCGCAAUUCACACCUGACAAGAACCCCACCGACGAACAGAUCAAGAAGACGCUUCAGCGCUUGUUCCGCGGCUUGUGCAGUAGCCGCAAAGCUGCUCGAAUCGGCUUCUCGAUUGCACUGACUGAGAUCCUGACGCAAAUCUUCUCGGAGGCCAGGGAGUCAUCCGAGUUUGGAAUUGCGGAUGCGCUGAAUCUCUGGGAGUCGCAGACCAAUUCGACGGGGAGUGAGACAGGACAGGAGCAAAGAGAUCAUCAUUUCGGUCGCCUAUUUGGCGCUGAAGCAGUUAUCAAGUCCGGCAUCCUCUUCCAACCCUCCACUCCGUUUAGCGUAUGGCCCAAGGUCCUCGAUCUCAUCCUCGAACUCGCCCGGAAAAAGCCAUGGCUGCGUGAAGAGUGUGGAUGGGUCAUCUACCGAUGCGUGUGUGAUUUGUCUGCGCGACAGAUGGACGCAAAGUUUGUCGAGGCUGCCGUGGAGCGUAUCUGCUUCCAUGACUUGGCCCGCUCUCCAGAAGGUGUGGCGGUCUGGCUAGCAGUCAAGGAUUUGUUCCCCAGUGCUCAGCUGCCUACCAAGAUCUGGAAGCACGAGGAUCCCUUGGACCCCAAGGAACGCAGUAGCCUUUCGAAGAUCAUGAAGGAAUCGUCGGCGGAACAAAAUGAUGGGGAUGGGGAGAACAAGGGCAGCAAAUCAUCCGGUGUCUGGAACUCCAAGCUUCACUUUGCCUGGGAUGCUGUGAUGUCCCGGACGAGCGACGGCGCCAAGGAGUCCGACUCGAAAUCCAAAUCCAAGUCCAAGUCUUCACGAUUGACUUUUGUCGAUUUUUGGACCGAGGUUGCUGACAAUGGAUUAUUUGCCUCAUCAUCCUCAGAUGAGCGCAAGUACUGGGGCUUCCUUCUCUUCAACAAAGUCCUGAACGAGGGACCCAUCCAGCAGGCCAGCCACAUUUUCACAAAGAAUCUGGUGCGAUGCCUGACAAACCAGCUGGCCGUGGAAGAUCGUUACUUGCACCGCAUGGCCGCCAAGGCUUCCAAGGCAAUUCAGGCUCGUGUGUCGAGGGAGCCCAUAUUCGCGGCUGUCGCUGUUCGCGGCCUGAUGGGAAGCAACGGUGUCGUCAACUUUGACCAAGUCACAAAGACCAAGACUGUGGAGAAGCUUGUAGCCGAUGCCAACAGUGAAGCCCUCACGGAGAUUCUCCCUCUUUUCGAAACACUCAUCAAGAACCCAGGAACGACCGAUGAAAAGGCCGCGGCGUCAAACCGCCAGUUCGUGGCAGGCAUCAUGCUGACCAUUGUACGUGCAAAGGCUGCGACUGGAAACAGUGACUCGGAGGAGGACUAUCAGUCCGUCCUUGAGCAGAUCUUGUUCAUUUUUGUGCGCUUUGCGUACUUUAUGGACAACACACCCGAGCCUGCAUUGACACAGGCCACGCAAGAGUUGCUGCGUAAUCGGAUCAACUCUGCGUUGAACAGUCUGCUUGCGUCUCAAAAAUAUGCGGCGACGAUUCCUUAUGCUGUUGUGCGUCAGAUUCGGGACGGUGCCAAGUCCAAGGAGCACGGCAAGUUCAUCAUCAACAUGGACGAUAAGCUGCAGGAAUCGGUCAAGACUGCGUUCAAGUCAUUGAAGAAGCUAUCAAGCAAGGAAAAGAAGGAAGAGAAUCCAAGCAUCGCCGCCUUCAAGCUCCUCUAUUCGUUGACAGUUCUGCAAGUGUACAGUGGUGAUGCCGAUGCCGUCUCUAUGCUUGACGAACUUGAGUUCUGCUAUAACAAGUUCAUGGGCGAAGAGACGGAAGGUGAGGACACCUCUGAUGCGUCGGAUGCUCUUGUUGAGAUUCUCCUGAGCUUUGCCUCCAAGCAGUCUCAGCUGUUCCGCCGUAUGAGCGAGCAGGUAUUUGGAGCGUUUGCAGACCAAGUAACGGAGAAUGGCCUGGAGUCUUUGAUCUCGAUUCUUGAAGCCAAAGAGAGUCUGGCUGGUCAGCAGGAAAUGUUCGAUGACCAGGGUGACGAUGACGAGGGCGAUGAGGAUGAGGAGGAAGAUGACGUGGAGAUGGUUGACGCCGAGGAACUCGACAGCGAUGUGGAGGUUGUCUCGGGCGGAGACGGAUCUGGCUCGGAAUCUUCCGACGAGGACGAGGACGACGAAGACGAGGAGGAAAACGAAGAAAAUGCCGCCGAGAUUGCCGAAUUCGAAGCCAAACUCGCCGCUGCACUGGGCACUCACCGAGCCGAUCAAGACGGCGACGCCUCCGACUCGGACGCCGACAUGAACGACGACGAAAUGGAAGAAGUUGACGAAAAACUGGCCAACGUCUUCCGAGCCCGCCACCAGGCCGCAUCGCAACAUAAAGACAAAAAGGACGCGCGCGAAAACAUGGUCAACUUCAAGAACCGUGUUCUCGAUCUUCUCGAGAUCUUCGUCAAGAAAUGCCACUCUCGCCUGUUAGCCCUGGACCUGCUCCUGCCUCUCCUCCGUUUGGCUCGCCGCUCAUCCGUGAAGCAAAUCGCCAACAAGGCUAACAGCGUUCUCCGCGAAUACACCAAGUUGUGCAAGGGUAAUGCACUCCCCAAGAUUGGCGGCGGCGAUGCCGAUGGUGACGAGAACGCAACCGAGUCUGUCUGGGAACUUCUCCGAGCUAUUCACAAGGAGGCGGGCCAUAGUGGACCGCCGGCACAUGCCGCGGCGUGCAGUCAGGCCUCGCUGCUCGUUGUCAAGGUUUUGGUCGCUCAUGACAAGGCUGCGAUUGCGGAUGUUGUUGAUGUGUACGCGGCGACUCGGAAGGAACAGCUUCUCAGCACCAAGUGUCAUAUCCAGCCUUCGUUCUUUACGGACUGGAAUAACUGGUGCGUGUCUGCGAGUAAGCAGUUGAAGAACUAA